AUGGUUGGUGCCCGUGUGGAUUCAUGGCGCGAACCGUGGGGGCGGAACCAGGGUCAGCAAAAUAGACCACGAUCCGUGAGCCCAGCUGCACCUGCAGGGCAGAAACCAUUGAUGCGGCUGUUGUCAUUUGCAAAAGAGCAAGAAAACAUGUGGGCGCAACUCAUCACCAGUUCUUGUGCUUUAGAAGGGCAAUUGCGCGCGCUUCGAGCAGAGCAUGAGGUGCUCAAGUUGGAAUCACAGGCAUUGCGUCGGUGCCUGCAUCGAGCCGUUUGCCUGCAGCAUCCAGCUUUUGGUGUCUUCGUUCUGAUCAGCUGUGGGUAUUACGUUCGAGAGCUUUGA